UCUCAUAUCGAAAUUCUGGUCCUUUCCACAAGAUGGGCCUGGGAUUAUACCCUGAAUAAUGGGGCGACGUGCGUAUCUCAACCGGCUAGCUUUGGUAGGCUCUCUGAUCUUUUUUCUUCCCCUUUGGAUACGUUCAGCUGGUGUUCGCAGACCGUAUAUCGGUGGAGUUUUGGGUUAUUUUCCGCUUGUUUUGUUCCAGAACAUCUCUUUUUCAGUUCCUUUUGAUAGCUCUGAGUUGAAUAUCCCGGAAUUUAUCCCCCAAUUUUCCUGAGUUGCGUGGGAUCAGUCCUACCCGCAACAUAGUUCUAUCUGUCUCUGGUACCCAUAGAUUACACGAUGAUCCUCUCGAUUUAUAUACCGUCCACAAUUCUAUGACAGGGAUUAUAUAUUGAC